UGUUCCCUUCAUUUAGCCAGAGAGACUGCAGGCUGAAAAGACCUCGGAGUGGAACCAGAGGGAGAUGUUUGAAACAGAAAAACAAGGGCUGGAGAGAGAAAAUCAAAGGCUGAAGGUCCAGGUGAAAGAGAUGGAAGAGCUCCUGGGAGGGAAACGGAGAGGAAGCACCACUGGCCUGGGCUUGACGACAUCACAGAGCGACCUGCGAGGCCCCAGCAAGGAGCUGCUGGACCUUCAGCAUGCCUACCACAAGCUAAGCAGACAAUAUGAGGCAAAAAUAGCAGAACUGAGGGAGGCAAACAGCCGGAUGGAGCAAAAUGAGGCAGAAGUAAAGAAACUGAGAUUUCGAGUGGAAGAACUCAAACAGGGACUCUGCCAAAAAGAAAUGGAGCUUGAUGAUUUCCUGAACCAGAUACAUAAACUCCAGAGAGCUUUGGAUGAACAGAAAAAAACGAAUGAGAACUUGGAAACUGAACUCAGGCACUUACAAAACUGAUGAUGCCUUCAGCUAUAUGACUAUCUUCCUGCAACGUCUAAAGUGGAGUCGAAAAGCUUAAAUAUUGUGCAUUUUGUGAUCAUUACGCUGCCUGGCACUAUUUCUGUCUUGGGGAAUUGCCACCUUCCCACCACUGUGAUUUAUAGAUCAUGACUGUCAGAUGACGCUGCUCUUCAUGCAAAGGGUUUUCUCUUAGACAACUCGCCACUGCAGUGAAAUUAUAAUCCGUUGCAUGUUGAGUUUGAUCUGUGCUAAAUGAUUUAUAUUAGUGUCUCAAUUAUUAAAUUUAUUGUUUAAUUGUUUGUCUCCUUUUCUAUCCUUUUUUAUGUGGCAUAGCCUGGUUCUACCACAUUUAAUUUUUUAAUCCUUUUACUCUGCUUGGAAAUGAAAAUAUUUUGUCCUAUCUUAUAUGCAUAUCAUAUUUAUAUAACAUUUAAAUGACCUAUUUACAAUAUUGUUUUAAAAGCAGGAUAUUAUUGACUAUAUGUGGGUUUAUACGUGUGUAUACAGAUAUGGCUAUGUAUACAAAGAUAUACAUAAAUAUAAAAUAUUUUAUUUGGGGAAUUAUGGCUUCUUUUUCUGUUGCCUCCCACUUAAUCACAUGAGGCCAAGGUGAGCUUACCCAGGGGUGUUUGUGGAAGCUGUCGCCAGCUCCACUUGCCAAAUAUAUAGACAUAAAAUUCAGCGUAUACUUAAUAUUCUACUAAAAAGAUUCCCAAAAGCCUUAUUUAUAUGAUAAGGCUUAGGAACAGAAUUGCAUCCUAAGGAUUUGCCUGGUGACCACAUAUAUCCCCCUGCGUGCUUCUCCCAUCUGCAGUAGAUGUGAAAUGUGUAUGAGAUGGGUUCACCAUGCACCACCAGUUGGCAAUGGACUUAAAAAAAAAAAUAGUCACCCUCAUUUAAUCCCUACUGUGUGCUGUCUGCUGCCUUCAGUGUGCUUCAGUGGGUGGGAUGAUAUGAGUGUCAUGUAGGCACAAAAAAGUGUCAUGUAGGCCUUCCCGCAUGUUCUGGGACUUGGCCAGUCACGUGGGUAGAAGAGGGAGCACCUGACUGUUCAGCCUUUGUCCAGAGGACCUUCCUCAUCCCCUGUGCUACGCUGCCACUCUGGGCCCUGCCAUCAAGACAUUUGAAGGAGAACAGUGGGACACCUUUUUUUUAUGAGCACUGCCCCAGAGAUACUAUAACCACUGAAUUUAGGGAAUCUGCUUUGAUUCAGAAGAUUUUGUAAUUACUGCAAAUGUCAAUUUCUAGACUAAGAUUUUGUCUUUUAUAUGGCUUGUAGACCUGUCUGAUUUACAUUUAAUAAUGAAAUAUACAAAAUUUAGUCUUUCAACACUAAGGUUGCAUAAUGUCUAUGAUUUGAAAUUGUCUGUUAUAGUAUAAACAGGAUGGAAGUAUGUUUAUGAUUAGUAAUGUCAAUAAAUGACUUUAUCAUCCUCUCCAUUAUUAAUGCUUUGGUGGUAUAUUUAUAUCACAUUUGAUAUAAAUUACAUUUCAUACCACUUGUAUAUAUUAUUUUUUUGAGAGCACUGGGCUUUGACACAGGAAUUUUAAAACAGAACUUAGCAAAAGUAUAUUGAUUAUAUUUAGUUUACAUUCAGCUGAAAUGUCUUCUUACAGAGACUCUUUCCCCCAUCCAGAGAAGUUUUGAAUUAUUGUUAAAAAAAAUAAAAAAUGACUUUAUGAUUUACAGUAUUAUUUGAUUUUUUUUUAAAGAACUUCAGCCCAAGAUUGGCUUACUUAGUCAAAGUGUGACCAGUUGGCAUGUCUUUCUUCAGCGUAUGACACUAAAAUAUAUGUCAACAUUCAUUUUCACUGUCCAGAUAUAAAUCCUCUCCACCCCCAUGGCAAAGAGUGACCUAUUCUUGAUGCCAACAUCAGUGCAGUCCCUCUUAAUCUCAUCGCUCUCACACUCAUGAAAAAAUAAUUAACUGUGAAAGGUUUUAUUUUUCAAGCCACCAUGUCCUAUUCAUUUCUUUUUGGAAAUGUUCAUAACUAUUAAUAAUUAAGGUAUUUGUAUAAUUGAAGCUGAGAAUUCAUUAAGCAUCUUCUAUAACACAUUACCUAGAUGCUAUUUUACUUGUCAUACUUUGAUAUUUUAAGGGCCCACUUUCUCAAAAAAGAUAUAUCUCAGAGUCAGUCUUUCAUGCUGAGACUUAGAAAAAAAAAAAUCAAGAUUGUUCUGAUAGUUUCAUAACAAUGCACAUUUUCUCUAUGCACUGAGGACACAUAGCAAGCGAAGAUGUAAGAUCCACACACCUUUAUUAUUUAUAAGACGUGUCACUUUAAGGUGUUUACCUUAGUUCCCACCUUCUGUAUUAAGGAUAUCAUGUCUGCUGCAUCAAAUUAUUUUUAUCGUGAAAUGCACAAAAAUAUUCAACAUUUAGCAUAAUUGCUAGGACAUUGUUGCAUUUUAAUUUGCUAGUGAUAACUGUGAGGAGAGGACCACUGUUUUAUUUCAGCCAGUAGCUGCUAAAAUAUUUGAAGUCUUUUAUGUAGUCAUGGUAGAUAGCGGUUUUCAUUUUCAAAAUAUGCUUAUAUAAAUAUAUUUCAAAGUAUUCACAGCCUCACACUGAAUUUAAUCCUAUAUUUAUAAAAUAGCAUUUCUAUUUUUAUAGUCCACUACCUAUAAUUAUUUGGCCAGACUAUUGACUUAUGUGCAGUUUUAAUUUUUUUAUUCUACAAAUACAUGACACUUAGCCAAGAGCGAUGCAAGGCCUUGAUACAUACAAAAGAAAUCAACAGAAGUGAUCUAAGACAGCAAGAAGGUAAAAUCGAAUUUGCAUGAGCAUUCUGUCCUAGCUACUAUGUGACCCAUAAUAGCUUUUCACAGCAGAAAACCUAAAAGUAUAAAGCAAAAUCAUUUGAGUUUGCCAGGUGCAUUCUUGCUGAAUCAGCCUACUUGGUAUGAUGCCAAUUUCUACUGUUUCUCACUAAGGAAAAAUAUCCCUGAAUAAAUGUUAGCAAUGUUUAAAGGGAAAUAACAGCCUUGAAAUUGAAAAGCUGUGACUAAGAAAUAUUUUGCAACAAAAAAUAAAUAAGAAAAAAAUAAAUGUGAACUUGAAAUAAUUCUACUUUGAAAUUAUGGGAUCAUUUUUAACCCAAAGAGCUUAUUAGGAAUUAGUAUUAGCUGACAAUACAAAAAUAAAUAAAAUAUGUUCUUUGCAGAGAAGCAUUCUGGAUAAAUAAUGAAAUUUCCGUGGGGAUCCACAUAAUGAAGGGGAUAUCUGGUGGCUCCUUUGAGGACGAUGAGGCAAUUGCUAGAUAGGCAAGGUCAGAGAAGACAUGGCAAUAAAAAAAAAAAUAUACCAAUUUGCAUUGAAUCCUGGGGAGGACGAACUGAAAAGUCAGUUAGGCACGUUGACCAUUUGGCAAGUUUCCUCAUUUACAAAACUGGGUGACUGAUGGUUGUCUGUGUCACUACUAAAAGCCAGUGUUGUAAAACUCAUCUUGAAUUUUAUUUUUUUUAAGAUUUAUUUAUGCAUAUAAAAGCUGGGGUACAGGCCAGAGAUGCGGGGGGUGAGAGGAUUCACCAGAGACAGAGCAGGGAACAGAACAGGCAGACUGACUGAAAUACACUGCUGAGGGAGCAGCGGACCAGUCAGGAGAGGUCUGCCGCACCAUGUGGGUAGCUCCCUGGCUGGGGAUCGAACUCAUGCUGCAGUGGCUGCAGAUAGCUUCAUAGGUUGAAUCUUAACCCCUUGUGCCACCAGGGAGGCCCCCAUCUUGAAUUUUAGAUGCUGUAUCAGAAAAAAAAUAUUUCUCUUGUGCUAAAUAAUAACUAAGUAAACAGAGCAAAAACAGUCCAAAGUGGACUGGAGUAUUAGUAGGAAGAGGGAUGCUCUGUGUUGUCAAUCAUUUCCUAGAUAAACUAUUUUUGAGAAGUAAACAUUUUAGAUAAAUCUGACCUGGGUUGAAGUCCUGACUCCUUGACUUGAGUGACUUGGAGAAAUGACCUGCAUGAUUGUGUUUUCUCAUGCUACAAUUAACAGCCAUGCAUCUGUUCUAUGCCUGUGUUGACAGUUUGUGCCCAACUCACACCUGCAUAACAAAUAAUGAGGAUGGCUGAUCCAAGAGACUUGAGGACAUGUUGUCUGGAAUCACUAAUUCAAAAUUACUAGUGUCGUGCUGUAUUCUAGACCUCAUUUGCAGCAUUCAAGAGUUUCUUUGAUAGAAGAGAAGACAUGCAGAUGUGUGAGUUUCAGUCACAGUGCAGCCACUCUGUCACAAGGCAGAAUUUGAAGAGAGAGGCUGUGUGUCAAAUACAUGGAAUGAGUGUUACAGGAAUUCGGGGACAGAAUGACAGAAUGAUCUAGCGAAACUGUCUCAUGGAGGGAGGCGAGUAUCACUGUGCAGUUACUUGUUGGGGAUAAAUAAGGAGCUGGGGACCAGUGGCAAAGACAUGAGGAAAGAAGACACAGUGACAAAGGGAUGAGAGUUGUACAUGGUGUGUGGGUAAUGGAAGGUCAGGGAGUUGGAUGGUUGGGAAAUUCAAGGCAGAUGGUGGAGGUCACAGGUUACUCUGCUUCUAAGUCUGGACUGGGCAUAUCUCCAGUGGCUUGUGGGAAGGGAAGGGGCACUUCCUCCAAAAAUAGGGCAGGCUGGAGUGGCUUGUCCAGCUCUGAUCAACCCUUGGCAUACAACUUGUGUGAUCAUCAUCAACUGCAGGGGUCGGUGUGUCUGGAUCGCUUGUGUGUAGAUGCCUUUCUCGUUAUCACUAGAAGCUACUUUCCUGUUUAUUGAAAUCUAAAGCUGUUUACGUGUAAAAAAUGCAGCCCCUGUUAUCUCCAUUAGGAAGAAAAUAAAAAUAUUGUACCCAUCGGAAAUCAGAUUUCAAAAGGAAAACAAUAAAUGAUUUUGAAAUCAAAGAACUCUAAUGCUGAGAAAGUUGUCUAAUCUUUAUGAAUAA